GCUAAGGGUGAAAAGGGGAAUGCUCAAGAAAUGGAGGCAAGGGCAUACCUCUUAUAUUCCAGUUAAUUAUUUCACACAAAAAAAAACAGGGGAGGGAGCCUGGCCCUUUAAUGGCCUUGGAAAGUUUGGUAGGAAAGACGGGCCCUAAUUGAAUGGAGGCACGCUCACUGCAUCUUUGAUUUGGAGGGAGGAAGAAACACGAUUCACGGAAGAACUGAAAGACAUUCUUCUAGCUAUAUCAUAUGAAUAUAAUUUUGUGGCUAACAAAGACUCCGAUACAAUUGCUGUGUCCCCCCACUCUCCACUAUGGAACCCCUGCGGAUCGUUGCCUGCUUCUCCUCCUUCCUGAGCCUCUUGUUCCUCAUGCUUGCCCUGGCUUCAGACUACUGGAUUGUGAAUUCAGACCAAAGUGCCCACGCAGGAUUGUGGCAAACGUGCGAUCAUAAUAUUUGUAUGUCAUAUGGGAUGCAGGUGCCAGGUUUUUUCCACGCCACCCGAGCAUUCUUGUUAAUGGGGAAGGUGGCCGGCAUUGUUUCAUUCUUGGGUCUUUUUGCCUCAUUUUUCCACAGCCACAUUGGCUCUAUUUCCAUAAAGUGUCUUGCUGUGUUGGCCAGUUUUGUGGCAGGUGUUUGCUCCAUGAUUGCCAUGUCCACAUUCACAGGAGUGUACAAUCAUCAUUUCCCAGGCUUUGGGAUCCAGUUUGGAUGGUCCUUUGGUCUUGGCUGGGCCACGUUCCUGCUUUUUCUUAUAACUGGUGGGCUUGCUUACAAGACAGUCUCUAGCGCAACAUAGAGAUGAACUACAAUUUUGGGAUGGUGCUGGGUUCUCAACUGCUUAGUACAGAAUUCGGAUCCAGGGAACUCCUUGUGGAAGAAAUGAGGAAGGCAGCCCCCUCACUUUUUAAGGAAAGAAAAAAACAAACUUCUCCGCUGCGCGUUGCCUGCUUUUGCGUGAAGAAAUUAUUUUUUUGAUAAUUUUCUCUGUCCAAAAUGUGCAUUUUAAAUAAAUAAAUAAAUACCUAACCAUUUUGCAA